AUGGAUGAAUAUCGAAGUCAAAAUGCUUGCCUUUUCGCGACUGUAAUAGACUUUAGUAUGGAGGAAAACCAACUUGUUUACAUUUCCAAUGUAAUGACCUGCAUUUUCAACGCGUUAUUCGCCGUUCCAGCCAUCGUUGGAAAUAUACUAGUUGUGUUAGCGAUAUGGAAAACACAUCUGGCUCGUUCUCCGUCAAACAUCUUACUGUCCACGCUGGCGUUCGCCGAUCUUCAAGUUGGCUUGAUCGUUCAGACACUUUUCGUUUGUCACAAGAUGGCUGAAAUCUUCAAAGCUGAAGAGCUGUCUUGUUACGCUCGCUUUGUGUAUAUUGUGUUUGGUUACUGUAUUACUGCAGUUUCUCUUCUCACGCUAACUGCCAUCGCUCUGGAACGAUUUUUGGCAUUGCAUCUACAUUUGCGUUAUAAAGAAGUAGUAACAAAAAAACGGAUUUUAAUAGCGGCCUGUUCUUUCUGGGUGCUGGGAAUAACAGUGACUUCCCUAUAUUUUAUACAGAGGAGCGUGUUUGGCUCAAUUGUGAUAGCCUCUGAAAUAUUAUCCAUCGUGAUAACCUCUGUGGCAUACAUCAAAAUUUACAAAAUAGUGCGUCGUCAUGCCAGAGAAAUACAAUGUCAAAGACGAUUUGAUCCUGGAACGCAGGUCGAAUUAAACAUGAAAAAAUACCAGCGUUCGACGUUCACAAUGGUGAUUGUAUUUAUGCUAUCGUUUGUCUGCUAUGUUCCUUAUUCUUUGGUGAUGGUGGCCAAACUCAAAUACGGAUUUACAGUACCGGUGAAAGUUGCAACUGAUGUAUUUUCGACUGUGGUUUGUAUCAACAGCUCUCUGAAUCCGUUUAUAUAUUGCUGGAGAAUGAAAGAAAUUAAGCAGGCCGUCUGGGCGGUGAUCAAACGAAAUACUGGGGUUAAUCCCGGAGCCACCGAACAAAGCAUGAUGACUUUCAAUCCAUUACCACCCAAAAGGCUGGAUUAUGGCUCUGGCUGUAAAACGGUUUCCGAAGCACCACAUGAGAGUGUCAAGUAA